AUGGCUAAACAAGCUAAGACGGCCUCUCAGGCAAGAGGCCCCGCGAAGUACAACGUUGGGUGGAGACGCGUGGUGCGGAAUUUCAGUCCAUCAUGGUUUUCUGUGACUAUGGGCACAGGUAUAGUGUCAGUGUUGGUGAAUUCGGUGCCUUUCGAUACCUCAGUGCUGUAUUAUACAUCUAUUGUCUUUUUUAUGCUCAAUGGAGUUUUGUUUUUGUUGGCAUCGGUCACUUCCAUUCUUCGGUACACGUUGUAUCCUGAGAUAUGGCGAGUGAUGAUACAAGAUCCGACCAACUCGCUGUUUCUAGCAACAAUUCCCAUGGGAUUCGCUACACUCAUCGAGAUGUGGGUUUUUGUUUGUGUGCCACUAUGGGGGGAAUGGAGUAUCACUGUUGCAUGGGCUUUAUGGAUGGUGGAUGUGGCAGCGGCCGCUUCUGUUACGCUGUCGCUAUCCUUUAUACUAAUAUCCCAACGCUAUAUUACCUCGCUCGAUCGGAUCACUGCGCUUCAACUAUUGCCUAUUGCCGCCACCAUUGUGGCAGCUGGUGCUGGUGCAGAAAUUGCUAAUAUUCUACCAAACAAGCAGCACGCGUUGGGAACUUUACUUGUGUCCUUAAUCCUGUGGGGCAUGGGCACUCCCUUGGCAAUUGCCGUAUUGGUGAUCUACUAUCAGCGACUAGCAGUACACAAGCUUCCACCGAGGGAAAUGAUCGUGAGCUGCUUUCUACCCUUGGGACCUCUUGGGUUUGGUGGUUUUGGUAUCAUUUAUAUGGGCAAAGUGGCACGGGGGCUGUUGCAGGACCCUCAAAUUCUAGAUCCCAUUGCGGGCCGAAUGGCAUAUGUCUUGGGUGUUUUCACAUCCCUGCUGAUGUGGAGUUUUGCCUUGGUCUGGCUCGUGUUUGCUCUGGCCACUGUUUUGUACAGCUCUCCAUUUCCUUUCAAUAUGGGCUGGUGGGGAUUUACGUUUCCUCUGGGCGUUUAUGCGGCGAACACAAUGCAAUUGGGUAUUGAACUAGAUCUCAUGUUUUUCAAAGUUUUUGGAACCGUUUUAAGCGGCGCUGUUUUGUUACUCUGGUCUGUAGUGGCCUCAAGGACAGCACAUGGAGCAUGGCGCGGUACUCUGUUUAGUGCUCCGUGUUUACGAAACCUGGUGCUCAAGGAAGAAGGGGGUGAGCGGGAUCCGGGGGAAUUUGAGUUUCCUUUCUUGCAGGAGGUCUUCUCUCCUAUCGAAGCGCACAAGGUCGACUUUGUCUUUGUUCAUGGCUUGAAUCCCCGGGGCCGGAGUGAUCAUCCGUUUGAAACUUGGACGCAUGCCAAUGGAAAGUUUUGGCCGAAAGACUUCCUUGCCCAGGAUAUUCCAUAUGCUCGGGUCUUUGUAUAUGGCUACAAUUCAAGCAUCACGCAUCCUCAGACUAUGUCCACGGCAAGCAUCAAGGACCAUGCUAAUACCCUGCUGAAUCUUCUUGAUAUGGAACGAACUCCUCAGAUGGGAACAGUUCCACCAAGGGUGAUAUUCAUUGGACAUAGUUUGGGUGGCUUGGUGAUCAAGCAGGCUCUUCUUAAUGCCAAAGAAGAUCCAAAGUAUACGGCUAUUCGCUCGGCAACCUCCGGUCUUGUUUUCUUUGGGACACCUCAUCGUGGUGCAAAGGCUGUGGAACUUGGGAAGAUUGCAGCCCGUGUAGCCCGAUUUGUCUCAAAAGGCCACGCCAGCAAUGAUCUCCUCGACUGUUUGGAACAUAAUUCACUCUUUACGAGACAGAUGACCGAUAGAUUCCGGCAUCAACUAGAGGAUUAUCGUGUUGUCAGUUUUAUCGAAGGAAAAGAGGUGCAAUUGGGCGGAGCAGGUCCGGCAUCCAUCAGCCAUCUAGUUGUAGAUGAAGAGUCGGCUGUGCUCGGGCUUUCUGGCCUCCGCGAAACCCAGCUGAAGCUCGACGCAGAUCACUCGCAGAUGUGCAAAGUCGGUACUCGGGGGCCUAUGUACCGCUUGAUCAAGGGUAAUAUCAAGCAGUUGGUCGACCAAGCACUUUUUUCCGAGCAUGGCUUCAUUCCACAGCCUAUGUCGCAAAGUGCUGGGCCUAGUCCACCACCGAUACCACCACGCCUACACUCCAAUAGCAGCACGCCAUAUCAAACGCAAGGACGGUUACCCCCAACAACUCAAAGAGUUACCGGAGUAAUUUUCACUCCCUCGGACAAUGAUCCACGAUCUAUUCGCUCCGCGGAACUUAAGAAUCUUGCUCGAUGGGAUGAGGCUCGAACAGUGGAGUAUGAGAUUUUCCAAGAACAUCUGCGCACCCUCGGACCAGACCAUUUUAGCACAUUAUCAGUGGCUUACAACUUAGCUUUCAUUGAACUGGAGACCCACUAUUUGGCCAAGUCCCACGAGUGGUGUCAAUGGGUGUCUGAUAAUGUCCAGCGUGUAUUCGGGGGCAAGCAUCCCCUUACAAUGAAGACAGAAAGUCUGAUCGCGGAGAUUCUUUGUCAACAGGGCAAGCAUCAAGAGGCAGAGUCUGUUUGUGCAAAUGUGCUGGCGCGUCAGCAAAUCAAUAUCGGCGAGGAACACUUGGAUACCUGCGACACUCGACGGCGUCUAGCAGGAACGUAUCAUUCCCUAGGUCGUCGGGAAAACGCCAUCAUGGCCGCUGAAAAGCUCACAGAAACUCUUAAGCGCCUACUUGGAGAAACGCAUAUUCGUGUAUUUGCCUCGGCGCUGGAUACCUUGGAAUACAUCAUCAGCAACCAAUCCGGUGAUAGAAAUACACUGAUCGCCAUGCGGUUCCAGCCCGAUGUGCAGCAAGCCGUGGAAAUGCUGAGCCAAAUAUAUGAGGAGCUUCGUCUGGGACUAGGUCCUGGGCAUCCGUAUUCCAUUCGUGCUCUCUGUCUCUAUGGCCGCGGGCAGAGCUUUGUGCAACAGGGUAUGGAAGCAUCGGAAACCCUUCGCCGAGCCCUUGCUAGUGCGGAGGAGACAUUGGGACCCGACCACCCGCUGACGAUGGAUAUCGUGGGAAAUAUCGGUGUUAUGUAUGCCGUGCAGGGUGGCCUCCAAGUCGCUUUCGGCAACACCCGUGUGGAAGAAGCCUUUCCCUGGUUGAUACGAUAUCUUAACUGGGUCGAACAUCGCAGAGGAAAGGAGAAUCCAGAAGCACAGUCAGCAUUAGAAUUGCUGGCUACUUUGCAUUUCAAUGCGAGGGAGUACGAGCCUGCCCAGCAAUAUUUCGAGCGCCUGGUUAUCGCAUACCGAGGCAAUCCGACUGCCCUCGAGCGCAUCAAUAGUCAUUUGCAAUUGUGUCGCGCGAACACCAUGCUCACCCGCCGAAGCCUUGGGUCUGGUAUAGGAGGAUUUCUUUCCUCUUUGCAGAAAUAUUGA